ACAACCGCUCGCCACCUCAGCUUCCCCGACGCCGAUCAGCAAACGUCUCUCUCCGUGCGCCCCUAGGCACCGUCGCACAGUUGCACCGCCGUCGCAUUGAGCGCGCACGAGCCAGUUCCCAGCGAAUUGGCUGACCGGCGCAAACCUCUAUUCCAUCGUUACGACCAGACCCGACCCUGAACCUCAGGCGAAGCAGCACCUCCGUCCAAACCUCCCCUCCCCGCGGAGCACCAUGACCCGCGCACAGCAGACCAUCUCCCUCGCGCUCCUCGUGAGCUCGCUUUACCUCGUGCUCUUCCUCGAGCUGAUCCCCCUGCCGCCCGUCAUCCAGCAGGACAUCAUCCCCGUGCUGCCCUUCUGGUCCCUCGUCUCGUUCGGCGCCUGGCUGCUCGCCCGCCUCGGCUGGGGCAUGCUGACCUUCCGCGACACGCCGGAUGCGUACGCCGAGCUGAUGGAGGAGAUUAAGUUGGCCAAGGAGGAUUUGCGGACGAAGGGGGUGGAUGUGGACUAGUUUGUCUUUUGGGGUGAACGGAGGGAAUGAAGUCCAUUGGGAGAGGAUGCUUGUUUUGGGAUGGAGGGUUGGGAUGGAGGGUUGGGAUGGGCUGGGAUUUCGGCCGGGAGAUUCGGGUUGUGUGUGGGUAUAAUAUGUGCAGUUGUCACAGCACAUUGAGGGGUGAUGCAGAAAAAUAUGGACAUAAAUCUUGCCCGUGCAGUUUUUGUUUGGGCUGGUUGGUUUCAAGGUGAGUGUUGCUUGGGUUGCCAAUUGGCGUGAUUGACUGGUGUAGAAAGUUGGGUGGGAGGAAACACCAGCAAAGCUCACCGACUCGC